AGUACGAGGUGGGAGUAGGAAGUUUUGGGUUGGUCUAACUUGGAAAGGUCAAGGGUCAGUGCGGAGUUUCUGUUGGUGAUGAUGAAGCAGACGAUUCAGAUUUUCGCUAGAGUGAAGCCCCCUGAGCGGAAGCAGCAGCAAGGGAUUUAUUCUAUAGAUGAAGAUGAGAAAGCAGCACCUAGCUUGGAAAUUCUCUUACCCCGAGAUCUGGCAGAUGGAUUUGUGAACAACAAGCGGGAAAGCUACAAGUUUAAAUUUCAAAGGAUUUUUGACCAAGAUGCAAAGCAAGACAUCAUUUUCGAAAUCAUUGCCAAACCAGUCGCCCAGAGUGUCUUGGCAGGCUACAAUGGUACCAUCUUCGCAUAUGGGCAGACAGGCAGUGGCAAGACCUUCACCAUCACAGGUGGGGCUGAGCGCUACAGCGACCGAGGCAUCAUCCCAAGGACUCUGUCUUAUAUUUUUGAGCAGUUGCAAAAGGACAGCAGCAAGAUAUACACAACACACAUUUCUUACUUGGAAAUCUACAAUGAAUGUGGCUACGACCUGCUGGAUCCAAGACAUGAGGCCUCCAAACUGGAAGAUCUGCCGAAAGUGACAAUAUUGGAGGACCCUGAUCAGCACAUUCACCUGAAAAACCUGUCUCUUCACCAGGCAACAACCGAGGAGGAAGCUUUGAACUUGCUCUUCUUGGGGGACACCAACAGGAUGAUUGCGGAGACUCCUAUGAACCAAGCUUCAACCCGAUCACACUGUAUUUUCACUGUUCACUUGACCAGCAAGGAGCCGGGAUCUGCCACUCUCCGACGCGCGAAGCUCCAUUUGGUUGACCUGGCAGGGUCAGAGCGUGUUGCGAAGACUGGAGUGGGGGGCCUGCUCCUGACAGAGGCCAAGUACAUUAACCUGUCGCUGCACUACCUGGAGCAGGUCAUCAUCGCCCUUUCUGAAAAGCGCCGCACACACAUCCCUUACAGGAACUCCUUGAUGACCAGCGUGCUCAGAGACAGCCUGGGAGGGAACUGUGUGACCACUAUGAUCGCCACUCUCUCACUAGAGAAGAGGAACAUCGAUGAGUCCAUCUCUACCUGCAGAUUCGCUCAGCGAGUGGCCCUCAUCAAAAAUGAAGCCGUCCUCAAUGAAGAAAUUGACCCCAAACUGAUGAUUACCCGCUUGCAGAAGGAGAUUGCUGAUCUGAAGGCUGAGCUGGCCAUGGCCACUGGGGAGUGGAGGACCGAGGCCCUCACGGAAGAAGAGCUCCACCAGCUGGAAAAACUGAUAGCAUCCUUUUUGGAAGACCAAGAUCCAGAGAGUAGACUGGAAGUUGGCGCCGAUAUGCGUAAAAUCCAUCACUGUUUUCAUCAUUUUAAGAAGCUGUUGAAUGACAAGGACAGCAUGAAGAAUACAGUCUCCUCCACAACCACACACCAAGCAUGCCAAGAGCCAUUGAAGGAUGAAGAACAUACAAAGCUCCGAGACCUGCUCAAGCAGAGGGACAAUGAAAUCAAUAUCCUGGUCAACAUGUUAAAAAAGGAAAAGAAGAAAACUCAGGAUGCUCUCCUCUUAUCGUACAUGGAGAAGAGUGACGCUAGGUUGCCCCGGAACUCACCCUUCAUUCCUGGGAGCCCAGCAGCUCAGAGCACCUCAGUGCCCUCAGCCCCGAGCCAGGCCCAGGACCUCAGCAUCUGCAGGCACAGAUCCAGUUUGCUCCACAGAAAAACAGGGAUGAGAGAGGAGAUGUCACUGGGACGCCAGGAGGCUUUUGAAAUUUUCAAGAGGGACCAUGCAGACAGUGUCACCAUCGAUGACAACAGACAGAUUCUCAAGCAGAGAUUUUCUGAAGCAAAGGCUCUGGGAGAAAGUAUAAAUCAAACGAGAAGUAAAAUUGGUCAGCUGAAGGAUGCCAUCACCCAGCGGCACCUGCAGCAAGUAGCUCUUGGAAUCUCAGAGAAUAUGGCCCCACCCUCCAUACCUGACCUCCAGGAAGAGAAACUGCGAUCACAGCUGGAAGAGGAAAAGACCAGGUACAAAACAACAUUCAUGCGCCUGAAAGCCUUGAAGGUGGAGAUUGAGCACCUGCAGCUGCUCAUGGAUAAAGCCAAGGUGAAGCUGCAGAAAGAGUUCGAAGUCUGGUGGGCUGAGGAGGCCACCAAUCUGCAGGUAAACUCCCCGGCCACGAAUCCCCAGGAACACCUGAAGCCGGUUCCCCAGCAGGACCAGCCACAGAUUCUCCUCAGGAAAAGUUCUCAAGGCCGGGAAGCUAAAGAUGGAGUUAGCAGUCUGGAUAUCUGCUACGACAGGGAUGCCAGAAGAAUCCUCCCCUCCCCAUGCCCCAGUCAGCACAGCCAAGAGCCCAGUAGCUCCAGGACCCAGCUGCAAGACAGCAUCUCCGAAAGGCCGAUGUCAUCCAUCCCUCUCACUGGAGACAGCCAGACAGAUUCUGACAUCCUGGCAUUCAUCAAGGCCAGGCAGAACGUUCUGCAGAAGAAAUGCCUGGGAAGCAACUGACUUUCUGAUGGAGUCCAAGCCUGCCCUGCAGACAGAGUGACUGAUGUGAAGAUAAAGACCCUGCCCCUCACUAGUGACCUCGGAUAUGACAUAAAGCCACCCCAGAGCAGCUGGCAAAUUUGAGGCCAAAGGAGGAGAGCUGUCCUUCUUUGAGGAUGGUGUCUCGGAGAGCCCCAGAGAGGACUUGUAGGGUUGUUGGAAGGGUGGUAGUGCCAAGAAGCUGGGGGCAAGGCUGGGUUGCUGUUGACCCUAGCGAUGGUGAAAUGCACCAUCAUAAUGUACAGGUAGGGGACAUUCCAGGUGGUGCUACACAGGAGGAUAAUAAUCCAUUAUUCAUAAAUAUUUGGCAGGAAUGGCAUGGCAGGCCAGGCAGGACUUCGGAGAGCCAGAUGAGACAGUAGAAUGUAGGGGACCUCAAGGGCUAGUGUCCCAGCCCAGACCCUCCACCAUCACCCACUUGUCCUGUCUCCAGGGAGCUAUGAAUCCUUGCAUUCUGAGCACCUCACAGUAAGUACCAGACAACAGUGGGACGCUCCCCAGAGCUCUACAGGCAUCAGUACCCUGAGCCAUUACCCCACCAAGCUGUGUGGAACUGUACAAAAUUAAGGAGAACACAGCUGCUCGGUGGCUGUGCCUCGGUGACACUCUCAUCAUUCCAGAACCUGGCUCUGUGACGUGGACUAAGCGGACAUGAAAGGGAGGGAAAAUGGCCAGCAGAAGCCCAUGUUGUGUUCCCAGCCCAGCUAGAGCUGGGAGGGCAAUGGAGGGGCAGAAAUCGGUGCUCAGAGAUGACGACAGCUGAAUCAAAACACCUGCUCCUGCUCCAGCUCCUGCUUUGUCUGUUCUUAAACGCAGUAACUCGUGAUCCCGGGAAGUGGACAAGAAGACACAGCAGCAUGGACUUGUUUGGGUCGAUGUCGGCUUUUUGACUUUUUUUUUGGCGUCUUGAAGCUAGGCAGGCCGGCAGCCUUCUUCUUUGUCGCAGCCUGGCUUAUGUCAUUGGGAGCCAGAGGCAGGAGCAGGCCAGCCUUGCCUUCCCACGAACUUUAAGAUGGAAAGUGCCGUGACCAGAGCCUCCUGUCUGGGUCCUCUCAGUGAGCCUCCUGCUGGGUCCUCUCUGUGACCCAGGCACAGAGCCAGUCUCAUUAAACUCCUCCAUUGAUGAGUGAGCGGCAGAGCUGCAACCCAAGCUUAGGCUGGGGUCACCCUACUUCCUUAUGCUUCAGUGGUUUAGCCCCAUGGGGUGGGGCCACUCCUUCCCACCCUACUUCAUCCAGGUAAAGCCUGGCAUAUGAGGUAAGACCAAACAGGGGUUCUUCAUGAGUCUACAGCACGGGAAUACAGUCCCACAAAUGCACACUCUGGAUCCUGGAGGUAACAUGGACCCUGCCAGAGCCCCUCGUGAUUGGCAUCAGUGAUCCUGGAACACCUUGCUGUGGUCCAUCUUCUAGAGCUUGCUAAGGUCUGUUGAGUUUCGCUCUCCUUCUGAGGUGUUACCUCCUGGAUUCAAAGGCUUUAUUGGGUGAAAUGUGUGGUACAGCCUCACAGGGGGUACGAAACAGUCACACAGCCUGGAGAGGGAAUAAGAAAGAGAGGAACACACCGGCCAGGGAGCCCCAGGUCUACGGGGCAUUGGCAAUCAACCUUGAGGGAGCCUCCUUAAAAUCCACCUUAAAUUUCAGUGGAUGCUGAGGCUUUGGUAUGGACCCACACUGGACUACAGUAUAACUUCCCCCAAAGAGUCUCUGCAAGUGGGAGGGGGGGAUGAAAGCUUAAGAGGUUAAAUUGACUUAAUCCUGUUUACAAUAUUCAAGCAGAAAGCUCUUGGAUUAAAGGUGUGUGCUCUGGCUGAGCCAUUCCACAGCUAGAAGCAAGGUUUUUUUUACAGUAAACAAUGCAAUCCUGGGGUUCACAGUGUGAUCAAAUGUCCUGCAACAAUUCUUUAACCUCCACAUGCUGCACUCUGCGGCAUGCAUGCCCCCACACCGUAUGCAUUGCAUCACACACAUAGUAACAUUAAUUAUAUAAAAAAUUUAAAAGGAAAAUAAUGGGGACUUUAAAAGGGGGGAUUGUCGAGGUCAGAUGGAGACACUGGGGUACUAAAUAGCGGGUGUCAGGUCUUCUCCACCUUUAAUAGAGUUCACAUCCAGAACUUUGCCGUGGGCUCGCCAUGAAGCUCCACGCUGGUCUCCACGCUGGUUUGCUUUGUUCUCCUUCUGUUCCAGGAGAUGGGCUACAGUGGCAGCAGCUAUCAAGUACAUCUCAAGAUGUCACAGGAGCGAAAGGAGCAAGCCUAACCACGCAGCCACAGAUCCAGCCUUCGCCUGUGUCUCAAAGUUGAUCCCAGAGCUCAGCCCACAUUUAAGGUGCAGGGGGACUACUCACCCUGGGGGUGUCCGUGGCAAAGCUUUGGAUAUAAAUUCUGUUUAAGGUGGAGAAGAUGUUAGGUGAUCAUCUAGAAACUUCACCCCUCUGACCAGUGUUCAUGGGGCUGGAAAGUAGUCUACCUGCUACCAGAGGAGAAAGGUAACCAUCAGUAUCACCUGGCUGUGAACACUGGGAGCUACAACACUAUGUGCCUUCUAGACUUACUAGUGCAGUAGGGCACAGAUAUUUUGACUGGGUUUAAGGCCCACUCCAGGAAAUGGACCCAUACUUGACACUGCUCAAUUGGCAUGAACUAAGACAGUAGGAGAAGACUUACAGCUACCAUCCUGCUAAAGGAACAUAGCGAUAAAAUGCCUGCCAGUGACAGCCUGCUAUGCACAUAGUUCAGUGUCUUGCUCAGCCUACAUCAGAAAAUCUGCCUAAGACAGACUGGACACAGCGACCCAACAUCGGACAGUGUGUAGUGAGGAAGAAACUCGGAGCUCUCAGUUCUUUUGUUGUUGUUGUUGUUUGUUUUGUUUUUGGGUUUUUUG